AUGAGUUUCGCCACCUUGGCCUAUGGCCUACUUCUCAUGGCACUAGUCUUUCACAACAUCAUCAAAUCUUUUUGGUGCAAAAGCGUCAAAGGAAUAUCCAAGCCGCUCCAACUCCCCCCGGGGCCCGCCCCGUGGCCAGUGGUCGGCUGCGCCCUCAGCGUGCUCCGGAACAAGCCCUCGGGCCAGUGGAUCCUUCGUUGGAUGGAGGAGAUGGACACCAACAUCGCGUGCUUCCGCAUAGGGAACACGCACGUCAUCUCCGUAACCGACCCGAAGAUCGCCCGGGAGUUCCUCAUAAAGCAAGAUGCUACGUUUGCGUCGAGGCCCGUCUCGAUGUCGUCCCGGGCGUUGAGCGGGGGCUAUUUGACCGCCAUCUUCUCGCCCCACAGGGAGCAGUGGCAGAAGAUGAGGCGGGUCGUGAAGUUGGAGAUCAUAUGCCCGGUGCGAUACAAGUGGCUCCACGACAAGAGGGCCGAGGAAGCUGCUAACCUAAUGAAGUACGUCUUCAACCAGUGCCAAAGCCUAGGGCAGGUGAACCUGAGGCAGACAGCGAGGCACUACUGUGGGAAUGUGAUAAGGAGGCUGAUGUUCAGCAAGAGAUACUUUGGCAAAGGAAGGGAAGAUGGAGGACCAACCAUGGAUGAAGAACAGCAUGUGGACGCACUGUUCAAAGCGGUGAACUAUCUCUACGCAUUCUGCGUCUCCGAUUACUUCCCGUUCUUGGUGGGGCUCGACCUCGAUGGGCAUGAGAAGGUAGUGAAAGAUUGCACGAGGACGUUUCGGAGGUUGCAUGAGCCCAUCGUGAACGAGAGAAUCAAACAAUGGAGGGACCAUUCGAGCUCGCAGAGUAAUGAAAAAGAGCCUCAAGACCUGUUGGAUGUUCUUAUUAUGCUGAAAGACUCGCAAGGGAAGCCAUUGCUCACGCCACAUGAAGUCAAAGCGCAGGUUACGGAAAUUAUGAUGGCCGCGGUGGACAAUCCAUCGAGUGCAGUGGAAUGGGCAAUGGCGGAGAUGAUAAAUCAGCCCGAACUCCUGAAGAAAGCUAGAGAAGAAAUAGAUAGAGUCGUGGGAAAGGAGAGGUUAGUCCAAGAGUCCGAUAUCCCCCAGCUCAACUACAUCAAGGCAUGCGCUCGGGAGGCCUUCAGGCUCCACCCGAUCGUGCCCUUCAAUGUCCCGCACGUUGCCCUGUCGGACGCUGUUGUGGCCGGCUACCACAUCCCCAAGGGCAGCCACAUCCUCUUGAGCCGGUUAGGCCUUGGUAGAAACCCUAGAGUGUGGGACGAACCCCUCGAGUUCAAGCCCGAGCGGCACAUCACGAGCGAUGAUGUGGAAGUCGUGCUCGCGGAGCCUGACCUACGAUUCAUUACGUUCAGCACGGGCCGCCGUGGGUGCGUUGCCAUGCAGCUCGGGACGACGGUGAUCGUGAUGCUCCUUGCCAGGCUAAUCCAGGGGUUUAACUGGAGCAUGCCUCCUAAUGUUUCGAGCAUCGAUCUUAAGGAGUCAAGGGAUGACUUGUCCCUGGCUGAGCCAUUGGUACUUCAAGCUGAGCUGUGCUUGCCAAACCAUCUCUAUCCCAUAUAG